UCCCGUCGGCUAGUUGAGUCUACGGAAGGAGCAUUUCCGUUUCCGGCGGUGUCCACGCGGGCCUGAGGAGUUGCAGUUGUGAACCCGGUUAAAGUUUGUGAAUCAGUUAAAAAGACACUAUGGAGACUAAGGACCAGAAGAAACAUAGAAAGAAAAACAGUGGACCUAAAGCUGAAAAGAAAAAGAAACGGCACCUGCAGAAUCUCCAACUUGGAGAUGAGGAAGAUGCCCGGAAAAGAAACCCCAAAGCUUUUGCAGUCCAGUCUGCUGUGCGGAUGGCUCGAUCCUUUCACAGGACUCAGGAUUUGAAGACAAAAAAACAUCAUAUUCCAGUGGUUGAUCGAAUGCCACUAGAGCCCCCACCAAUAGUGGUGGUGGUUAUGGGACCUCCAAAAGUUGGAAAAAGUACUUUGAUCCAGUGCCUCAUUCGGAACUUCACCAGGCAGAAGCUGACAGAAAUCAGAGGCCCUGUAACAAUUGUAUCAGGUAAAAAGCGCAGACUCACCUUUAUUGAAUGUGGGUGUGACAUUAACAUGAUGAUAGAUCUAGCUAAAGUAGCAGAUUUGGUUCUGAUGCUCAUAGAUGCCAGUUUUGGAUUUGAGAUGGAAACAUUUGAAUUUCUGAACAUCUGCCAAGUACAUGGUUUUCCGAAAAUUAUGGGUGUUCUUACUCAUCUGGAUUCUUUCAAGUACAGUAAGCAACUGAAGAAGACAAAGAAACGUUUAAAACACAGGUUCUGGACAGAAGUCUACCCGGGAGCCAAGCUCUUCUACCUUUCUGGAAUGGUACAUGGAGAAUAUCAAAACCAAGAAAUUCACAAUCUGGGCCGUUUUAUUACUGUUAUGAAGUUUAGGCCUCUUACAUGGCAAACCUCUCACCCAUAUAUCCUGGCAGACAGGAUGGAAGACUUGACAAAUCCAGAAGAUGUCCGAACAAAUAUCAAGUGUGACCGGAAGGUGUCUCUUUAUGGUUAUUUAAGAGGAGCGUAUUUGAAAAAUAAAAGCCAAAUCCACAUGCCAGGUGUAGGAGAUUUUGUUGUGAGUGAUGUCAGUUUCCUCCCAGACCCCUGUGCACUUCCUGAACAACAAAAGAAGCGCUGUUUAAAUGAGAAAGAGAAGUUGGUUUAUGCACCUCUGUCUGGAGUUGGUGGUGUGCUAUAUGACAAAGAUGCUGUCUAUGUUGACCUUGGUGGUAGCCACGGCUUCCAGGAACCGGAUGAGACAAGGCCUAACCAUGAACUGGUCCAGAGUCUCAUUUCCACCCAUUCCACUAUUGAUGCCAAAAUGGCCUCAAGUAGAGUGACACUUUUUUCUGAUUCCCAACCACUGGGGUCAGAGGAUAUAGAUAAUCAAGGGCUGUGGAUGCCAAAAGAGGAAAAGCAGAUGGAUUUGAAAACUGGUCGAGUGCGUCGUAAAGCUGUUUUUGGAGAUGAGGAAGAUGACUCUGGAGAUAGUGAUAAUGAAGAUGAAGAAAUGUCUGAAGGUGAAAGAUUGGGAAAUAACUCCAGUGAUGAUGAAACAGAAGAGGAGGAAAAUGCUGAAAUGCCUGAUAGAGACUAUAUGACUGGUAAAGGUUUCAAACGGCAGAAACUUGAAGAUCUGGAAGAAGAUGUUGAGGUGGAUUUGCCGGCAUUUGCAGACAGUGAUGAUGACCUUGAGAGGAGUACAGAUGAAGAAGGAGAAGUGGAGGAAGCCAGUGAAAGCAGUGAAGGAGAAGAUUCCUCUGCAGAAGGAGCAAAGGAUAUGUCAGAAUCCAAGGUUAUUAGAGAAAAUAGUAAACCAGAACUACUACAAAUUAAUGGUUUGAGUGAUAGUUUGAAUCCAGAGAAGUCUUCAAAAUUGAAAAAAGCAGCCCUCACCACUUCAGAUUCAGGUCAUUGCACAGCUGAAGAAGCAUUUGCAUCUGAAGAAGAAUCUGAAGAAAGCUCCUCUCUCAGUAUAGAUGAAGAGGAUUCAGAAAAUGAAGAAGUGAUUAGGAAAAAGUUUCCAAAGCAUUCUCAAAUGGUCGGUGAUCAGAAACUAGCUUCAGAUAACUUAAUUGAUAAUGAAGAAGAUUUACUCAAAGAAGAUGAUGAUUACAAGGAAGAAAAUAACUAUUCCACAGAAACAUCAGGAGCCCUCAAGUGGAAGGAAGACCUUUCUAGGAAGGCAGCUGAAGCCUUUUUGAGGCAGCAACAAGCAACUCCAAACCUUCGAAAGCUUAUUUAUGGAAAAGUGACAGAGGAUAAUGAAGAAGAAGAUGAUACCAGGGAAGAACUUGGAGGGUUGUUUCGUGUCAGCCAGCCUUCCAGAGAGUGUAAGCACAAGGCUGACUCUUUGGACUGCUCCAGAUUUCAUGUGGAAGCACCCCAUGAUUGGGAUUUAGAAGAGGUUAUGAACAGUAUCAGAGAUUGCUUUGUGACUGGGAAGUGGGAAGAUGAUAAAGAUGCAGCCAAGAUCUUAGCAGAAGAUGAGGAACUUUAUGGUGACUUUGAAGACCUGGAAACAGGGGAUGUGCACAAGGGGAAGUCUGGCUCGGAAACUCAGAUUGAAGAUGUAGAGGAAGAAGUCAAGGAAGAAAUUGACCCAAAUGAAGAAGAAAGUGCCAGGAAAAAACAUUUGGAUAAGAAGAGAAAAUUGAAGGAAAUGUUUGAUGCAGAAUAUGAUGAGGGAGAAAGGACCUAUUUUGAUGAUCUUAAAGGAGAAAUGCAGAAACAAGCACAGCUUAAUAGGGCAGAAUUUGAAGAUCAAGAUGAUGAGGCGAGAGUUCAGUAUGAAGGUUUUCGACCUGGGAUGUAUGUCCGAAUUGAGAUAGAGAAUGUUCCCUGUGAAUUCGUGCUUAAUUUUGACCCCCAUUAUCCACUUAUUUUGGGUGGUUUGGGCAAUAGUGAAGGCAACGUCGGAUAUGUACAGAUGCGUCUAAAGAAACAUCGUUGGUAUAAGAAAAUUCUCAAGUCCCGAGAUCCAAUCAUUCUUUCUGUAGGGUGGAGGAGGUUUCAGACCAUCCCGCUCUACUAUAUUGAAGACCACAAUGGAAGACAAAGGCUUCUAAAAUAUACCCCACAGCAUAUGCAUUGUGGAGCAACCUUUUGGGGACCUAUCACUCCACAAGGAACUGGGUUCUUGGCAAUCCAGUCUGUCAGUGGCAUAAUGCCUGAUUUCCGGAUAGCUGCCACAGGAGUUGUCCUUGAUCUGGAUAAAUCCAUAAAAAUUGUGAAGAAAUUAAAGCUCACUGGUUUUCCAUAUAAAAUUUUCAAGAACACUUCAUUUAUUAAGGGAAUGUUUAAUUCUGCCUUGGAAGUGGCUAAGUUUGAAGGCGCUGUAAUUCGAACUGUCAGUGGAAUAAGGGGCCAGAUCAAGAAAGCACUCCGGGCUCCAGAAGGAGCUUUCCGGGCCAGCUUUGAGGAUAAGUUGCUGAUGAGUGAUAUUGUGUUCAUGAGAACUUGGUACCCUGUUUCCAUUCCAGCCUUCUAUAACCCAGUAACCUCUUUGUUAAAGGCAGUUGGUGAGAAAGAUACCUGGUCAGGAAUGCGAACCACUGGUCAACUCCGACUUGCGCAUGGUAUCAAACUAAAGCCCAACAAGGAUUCUCUGUAUAAGCCGAUUGUGAGGCAAAAGAAACAUUUUAAUACACUACACAUUCCAAAAGCUUUGCAGAAGGCCCUGCCUUUUAAGAACAAGCCCAAGACCAAAGCAAAGGCAGGCAAGACGCCAAAGGACAAGCUGAGACCAGCUGUCAUACGGGAGCCUCAUGAAAGAAAGAUCCUUGCACUGCUGGAUGCUCUGAGUACAGUACAUAGUGAGAAGAUGAAGAAGGCCAAGGAGCAACGACGUCUGCACAAUAAAGAACACUUCAAGGUGAAGCAAAAGGAGGAAGAAGAGAAACUGAAGCGACAGAAGGAACUCAGGAAGAAGCUGUUCCGAAUUCAGGGUCAGAAAGAAAGGAGAAAUCAGAAGUCUAGUCUGAAGGGUCAUGAGGAGCAUUAGAAGCAAGCUCCAUACAGAUAGACUCAUUUGGAUGCAGAGAUGACUAGUUUCAGGUAUUAUUGUAAUUAAAUAACAAGUUGGGGACUUCAGCCAAGAAAGAUCUUUUUGUUGUAUAUACUGCCGGAUGGUGCCUUGAGAAAUGAAAAACUGCUGAUUGAAGAAUGUGUUUAUUCUUAGCAUCUGGGUUAGGUCAAGAUUUAAAGCAGUGUAAUUUAUAGCUUUACAGAUUCACUUAAACCACUUUUUCUUGUCUUAGUUUGAUUUUUGUGCUACAAAAUAUCAUUAAAAUAUUUCCCUCUUAAUUUUGGCUUAGGAGUUUUUAUUAGGGCAAGAGUAGUUGAUGGUUAUGGAUAACUAUUUGUUCUAUUACCUUCAUGAUAAAGCUUCCAGAAGGGCAAAAUUAUCAACUUACAACUUCAGCUUUAACGUAAAGUUUUUAGAGAAGGAUAUUAUUUUUAAUUAUCUGCCAUAUAUUGUAUUCUUUGAUUAAUCGAUAUUUUAUAUCUUAUUGCACAUGCGUUUAGUGUUAAUGUAAUAAGUAAAUACUUUU